GAAAAAUACGACAUACAUGGCAGAAUAACGAGUAGCUAUUACGUUACUACUAGUAGCGAUGUAUAGCUUACGUUACCAGUGUAACUAUUUGUAGUUACAGUAGCUACCCCUGUCGACCGAUUGAUAAAUAAGUUCACAGGAGGAGAGUGCAGAACUGUGACAAUGAAUGGAAAACUCAUCCCUUAUACUCCAAUGGCGGUUGACUUCUGGCAAGUUAGGAAAUGUCCACACGCCCGGCUGUUCUUCCUGUCCCAUAUGCACAGUGACCACACUGUGGGUUUGACAUCUACCUGGUCCAACAGACCCAUCUACUGUUCGCCAAUCUCUGCUACACUGCUCAAACUCAAACUACAGGUCGGAGAACGAUGGAUCCAUCCUCUGGAGGUGGGGGAACCGUACAUGCUUCCCCUGGACGACAUGGGCAAGGAGAGGUUGACCGUCACUCUAAUGGAUGCCAACCACUGUCCCGGAGCGGUCAUGUUCCUGUUCCAAGGGUACUUCGGCACCAUACUCUACACCGGAGACUUCCGCUACACCCCGUCCAUGCUGCGCGAGCCCUGCCUGCAGACCAACACCACCGUGGACGUUCUGUACCUGGACAACACCAACUGUGACCCGACACGCACCCUGCCUUCCCGACAGCGGGCCGCCCAGCAGAUCAAAGAGAUCAUCCGCAGCCACCCCGGGCACAACGUUGUCAUCGGCCUGUACUCCCUAGGCAAGGAAUCUCUGCUGGUCCAGCUUGCCAUGGAGUUUAAGACGUGGGUUGAAGUGUCCAUCGAGAGGCUGGAGACUCUGAGGGCGCUGGAGCUACCGGACGUGUUCACCACCGAGCCAGGUGCCGGCCGGAUCCGGGCUGUGGACCAGUCCGAGAUCCGCUCCGCCAGUCUGCUCCUGUGGAACCGGGAGCACCCCACUCUGGCCAUCCUGCCGACCAGCCGACCCGUGGUCUCGUUUCACCCCAACGUCCAUGUGGUGCCCUACUCUGACCAUUCCUCUUACCAGGAACUGGAAGACUUUGUCUCUGCCCUGAGGCCCACCUCGCUGGUCCCCAUCGUCGGCAGGCCUACCUCUGGCAUCCCCUCGUUCUCUGCCCUUCUGCCUCGGAGGAAGCGCCAUGAGGUCCUGGUUCCCGAGUCCGUCCAGCACUACAUGAAGGGAGGAUCUGAGGUUCAGGAUCAAGUGGCAGGUCUGGCCAGCGUUUCAGGUCACGGUAGUCUGCCACGCAGGCCCACCCGACCCCAUCCACCCAGAGGGGUGGUGUUCGAGUCCCCCCGGAAGGCUUCUUCCCAGGGAUCCGGGUCUGGGUGUGUGGUGGUGGAGGCCUGGGAGACGCACCCCGUGGAGCGUUCAGGAGGUCAGGAGGAGGAGAUGGACACGGAGAUGGAAGGAGAUGGAGGGGAGUCUGACUGUGUUCUGAUGGAUCUGGGUAAAGACCGCAGUCCGGCCAAAGACAAUGACUCCAGCCCCAGCCUGUCCAGAGACCCCAGCCUGUCCAGAGACCCCAGCCUGUCCAGAGUCCCCAAUAUUAACCGUGGGGGGGAACGAGACCCAUGGAGGCUGAAUCUGGUCCAGGGUGUUUCUGAGAAUCUGUACCUCAAUCAGGGGGAGGAGAGUUUGUCCUUCAGUCAGUUCACACAGGGUAACUUUGCCCCAAUGGAGGUCCUGAGAAACACAGCUGUUUCACUGAGACCCAGGGGCGUGAUGGAGAACCAGUCUCACAAUCCACCUAGUGACAGUGACAAAAUGGCCGCCCUGAACUGUAACCUAAACCAAGUGUCAUUAAACCAAAGCAGUCCUCACAUUGGAAGCCCAGACCAAGAGGAAGGUCUGGCUCCAUUACUGCAUGCGUGUCUGAACUCCAGUUUGGAUGCCGGUGCCCGUUUGAACACCAGGAGCCCUACUGAAACACACCACCACCUGGAGGACUGUGAAGUAUCACUUCUGUUUUCCCUCCCCUUCUCAGACGAGGACCUGUACGACUCCAGCCGAUACUCGAACAAACACCUGGAUCUGAGCUUUAUCAAAAAGUUCAGCCUCUCUCCUUCAGAUGUGGAGUAGGUUAAUGCCACCCUGAACUGGACACUGGUCCACUUUUGAUUCGGGAGAUGGGAAGCUGACUGAAAUGUUCUCCCCUGGGGGAAUCAUUACUUUAGAUGUGUUCCAGUAGAGAAAUGAACUUCCCUGUUCCACUCUGCGUGGGAAGGGACCUUAGCUGCUGACAGUGGUCAGAGAAAGACCCACGUGAAAUCCUGUGUGCUUUCACAAGUGACCUGAGUGUUCUCUUCUACUUCUGCACUUUGAAAAGGAUGGUUGAGUUUUACUUGCUAGGCUGGAUUAUAAUGGAGAUUCUCCGCUAAGCUUGCCUUUUGGUUAAGAAUUGAACCUAUGUCAAGGAGACAAAACCAGUUAUUUCAUUGUCGUUUAAUUUAUGGCAUGAUUGGUGUUUAUACAGGAGCAGUUUUAUCCCCACCCGCUCCUAUGUGUCAUGGGUAGUGUCUUUAAUUGCCCAUAACUGAACAGUGUUUUGAGUGUGAAUCCUACGUACUGCUCAAAUGUUGUCACAGUGUGUUGUUUCUGACAAAUGAGGAUACAGAGAGAAAUUUGUUGAAUAAAGAUUGAUG